AUGCUUAUGCUUCUCCUAGUGCCGGCUAAUUUCCUGCCAUAUGGGUAUGGAGACAUAGUGAACACAAUUUCAGAUGAUGGAAGCUCUGAAGCCAUUUUCUUGCAGCAGCCUUUCAAAUACUUUGGACGCACGUACAAUCAGAUCUAUGUGAACAACAAUGGUCACCUGACUUUUACUCAACCACUGUCUGCCUACGUUCCUUAUCUGAACGCUGGAAUAGACAUCAUUGCUCCUCUGUGGACUGACCUUAACAAUCGCAACGGUGGAACUAUCUCCUACAGAGAGGAUAGAAGUAGUGCUGUACUGGCACAAGUCACUCAAGCUGUUAACCAAUAUUUCCCUCACAUUGGUUUUACCGCUACAUCAGCCUUUGUUGCUACCUGGGACAGUGUGCCAUUCUUCUCUGGUGGAGGGGAGGUUACUUUCCAAGUGGUUUUAGUCUCCAAUGGUGACCGCUCUUUCAUCCUGAUCAACUAUGGUGACAUUGCACAAACAGGUCAAGUUUGGCUGGCUGGUUAUGACACGCUGGACUCUGUCAGUUCUUUCACAAUUCCAGCAGCCAGUGCCCCAGAACUCUCAUCCAGCAGUAAUAUCAAUGUGAAUGGUCGCUGGUCUUUCCAUGUUGAUGGUUCGCUAAACUGUAAGCCAGAGUUGCCUGUUUGUCGGCAACGUAAUACUAACAUUUUUAACCAUUGCCUUUUAAGAACUUAUGUUCACUUGGAAGAUGUAAACAAUUCAUUGAUGCUUCUCCUUUUACUAGUGCCGGCUAAUUUCCUGCCAUAUGGGGAUGGAGACGUAGUAAAUCCCGUUUCAGAUGAUGGAAGUUCUGAUGCCAUUUACUUGCAGCAGCCUUUCAAAUAUUUUGGACGCACAUACAAUCAAAUCUAUGUGAAUAACAACGGUCACCUGACUUUUACUCAACCACUGUCUGCCUACGUUCCUUAUCUGAACGCUGGAAUAGACAUCAUUGCUCCUCUGUGGACUGACCUUUACAAUGUCAACGGUGGAACUAUCUCCUACAGAGAGGAUACAAGUAGCGCUGUACUGGCACAAGUCACUCAAGCUGUUAACCAAUAUUUCCCUAACGUGCCUUUUACCGCUACAUCAGUCUUUGUGGCUACCUGGGACAGUGUGCCGUACAUCACUGGUGGAGGGGUAAGAACUAAUCUUUGA